AUGCCCCGAGGCUUCGACCAACCCACGUCAAGUUCUGCUUCCCGAGCUGCCAAUGCGGGAACACGCGAGCAGAGCCAACAACAAUCGAACAUAAGGAUUAGACAGGGUAGAUUUGAAGCUCCUGCCACAAUACCCGGAGCUGGAGAAGCAAAGCAGCCAUUCCUCACAGCAUCGAGACGCAAGUCUAUUAACCCGAUAGCUUCGCCGCUUCCACAAUCUUCGAGAGAACCUCAACCGUUUCCAGCUGGCCGCAGAUCACCUGCCUAUCUACAAGGCAAGAACCCCUACGGCCAGGUCUUGGACAAUAUUGAACAUCCCUAUCGUGAGCCCAAAGCAGAGACAACAAUAGCGGUCCCAUCUGCCCAGGCUGGCUCCAGUAUCGGUGAACGAUCACCCGCGUCUGGUCCGUCUGACUCCAAGACACGAUCUCGGGCUUAUGAACUAAAACAAAGCGAUCCCAUAAUAGCACCUUCAUUAUCAAGGCCGCCCAAUGUUCCCCAAUCAGUUCGUUCUGCCAAGGACUUCUUCGAGACGAGAGCCUCUCACUACCCGUCAACACCCCUUCCUCCGCCUUCAACAAUCGGCGUCACCAGGAAGAGCUUUGCGCCAAAGAGUCAGCCUCCGAGUGGUGCGUGUGCUCCCACCAUCACGAUCGGAACAGCUAUACCUCCCGUGGACAUGACUGAUUACAAGGAGCAACAUGACCAUGAUGUUGAACAAGAGUCCAUGGGUCGCCGAAGGUCCACAAACAUCUUUGCGGGCACACCUGAAGACGCCAGGCCUUUCGCCAUCGACUUACAAGCCGCAAGUGACAGCUCUGUGCAAGAAUGUAUACCUGAGGAGCCGCUUGCCGGCAACGUAGAGCAAAGAUUAGUUGAAAAGUCAGAUUCCUCUGACGAAGUUGUGAGACGCCUAUCCACUCGCAGUUCAGUACCAGCUGCUGAGACUAGAGAAGCCAAGAAUCCGGAUCUUCAGUCGCAACAGGAGGGCAGACGUGCGAAGUCUGGUCGCAAUCUUCGAAGAACUUUCGAGGAAGACCAAGGAACUUCCCCCAAACGGCUUAGGCGCAGUGGAUCAUACACUGCUUCUUUAGCUGAGAUCAGCGAUUCUUCAAAGGAACCUAUCGAUCGUGUCGCUGAGUGGACUCUGAGCACUGAUACUGAAAUUUCUAGCCAACAAUUUGGGAAGUCUGUCAAUGUUCGUAGGCGAGCCGAGGAGAUUGUAUCAAGCAAUCUUGGCCACGACGGAGCGAGUGACGUCAGUUCUUCUCGACGAAGCACUAUGUCAGGUCCGAUCCCAACAGCCAACAUUGGUGUCGAAGAGAAAUAUCACGAGAUUGAAGUACCGGACGACGUCGACAACCGACAAGGUUACGGACGUCGCGUCACGCAAGACUUUGGUUUUCCGGGUGCAAGAAUUAAAUCACACGGCACGAACAGAAUUAGUAAACCACUCCGAGAUCCUGGUAGUUGGACUAAGCGGGCGUGUGGUCAUUUCUCGUACAUGGGUAAAGGCGAGCAUCGCGAUCAUGCACAGCAGAAGAUAUGCCGGCAAUGCUCAACUCGUGCACCACCGCCAGAACAAGUGCCAGCUACCCAACGGAGAGAACGCAGACGAGCCUUGUCUGAAUCCUCAACGUCCACAACCUCUUCUUCGAAACCGCUCGAAGAUGAUAUCUGUCGUAAGCAGAGACGCCGUAGACAUCACUCUGAAUGUAUACCAUACGACAAGUGCGGGGAUGCAUUCGUUGACGAGUUGGGUUACAUCAUCGAUAACAUCCUCGAAGAGCAUGCAAAUACCUUGCAGUCUGUCAUCAGCAACAUCAAGAAUAAAAAGCUUAACGUGGGAUCUACUGGGCAACUGAAGCCGAACCUCAACGACCCUUGUUUCAGUUUGCGCGAAGCAUUACAGUCGAUACCUGACCUUGUCGACCUGGUCAAUUCUGCAGCCGAUGAUCUUGGCAUUGAUCUCGAGCGAAGACCUACCGUGACUGAUGACGACUUAUUUCGCAAUGCCCCUUACGAAAGUACUCCUCGGGAAUCUGUCUCAUACCAUCCAGGCGUCUCUUUGGAAGCUACAGAAGACAAGACGGCUGAUGAAGAGCCGCCCACCGAAGAUAGUUGGCUACAGCAAACACGGCGACAUCUGACCGAGCUUUCAGAGGCGCGGGAGCAGCUUAUGGACGAACUAGAUUCGAUUGCUGGAGAUCUUGACGUCCGGCUCCAGGACCGGCAAGAAAGUGGGCAGGGGGAAGAGCUCAUCGUACAUCCUGUACAACGUGUACUCAGUAGAGCUUCUGUUGGCGCCUCGCCCGAAUCUACUUGGCAUGAGAAUCCACCUGCCGAUUCCAACACUGCUCAUGAUUACUAUGACGACGAGUCAUAUGUCGAAACUGCGCAGCGUAUGCUUGAGAGAGUCCCCACGCGUCUUUCCAAUGCACCUACUUGGCAGAGAAAAAGAUCUACCGGCGCUACAAUCGAAAAUUUCGAGGUAGGUCGCCCAAAUGAUCAUGAUGAAGAAGCAGUUGCAAACCUGAAACAACUCGUACUGAGCCGAGAACCCACUGGUGUGUCCAGCAAGGUUAGACGGUCGGAGUCCAAGCCGGUCGACUUUGUCAGCGGAGAUGUCCUCAGCACGGAGGUGCUUCGAGGGGCGAGAGACGAGCUUCCGGCUGCUGUUGCUUCCAUCACCGCUGUUCUCCGGACAUUACCAGGUACUGACUACGAGCCUGCUGACGAGGUCAGAGAUGGUACAGCGCUGAACGAGCCUGCCGAAUCGAUCGACGAAGCACAGUAUAGCCCGCAGUAUGAGACAAGUGAAGAUUCUCAGCUUGACCAACAACCCGACGAGACUGCGCCUGACACUUACAACGACGGCCGCAGUCUGACUCCAUCGCCUUCCGGGUUCAGUGUGCCAAUUCGAGACCCGUAUGAUCAGGCGCAUGAGCCUGAGAAUUACUCAAGCCGAGAGUCGGAUGCUGGAACUCUUACCAUGCACCAGGUGGAUACCCCCUUCAUGCUAAUGGAACGUGCAGCCGUCAUAGAAAGCCCCGAGACAGCUUCACCUAUUCGGAGAACGACUACAAAGCGCUUUGAACUUGAAACAGAGCACCAACGUGAUGCAUUGCCGCAACGGGAUCCUUAUACAGAGGACGAAUCAGACACCCGCGCCUCGGUGGUGGGACGUUCAGCCGUUUCCGAAAGGACUGAUUCUACACCACUUUCGCGAAGGGUGACUGUGAAGGACUUGGCCGCAGAGUCGGAGCAGGGUAUCGAUGAUGGUGAACCUGUGUUCAAGCAAUCCACUAUACCACUGUCGAGACAGCCAAUGGUCAGGCUGGAGUAUGAAAGCAAGACCAGUGCCACACCAACGGUCAUACAAGACACCAGAAGGUUGUCCUCUCGCGUUACCUCAGAUCGUCUGCCAAGCCCAGAGAUCGAAGAAUCUCAGAAAACACAGCGUUUCGCCAGCCAACAUCGCUAUCCGCCCGUGCAGCCCAUGCCUAAACUUGCGGAACAGGCUACAAAAACGAUUUUCUUCGUGUCUUCUGAGCCUUCUCCGACUGAAGAUCUCGCUUCUCAACUGCGACGAAGACUUUCUGAAAUUGAGACUGCGAUGCCAUUGAGUGAUUCUGCAAGUCGGCCGAUGUCACCAGAGUCAUCGUUGGCGCCACGCAUCGCCACAGGUCUAUCGCCCACAGAUUUGUUUAAGAUACCUUCUAUAGAGACUGUAAAUCGCAUAUCUACUAAGAAAGCCACUCUGAUGCGUUCGCGACAUCCGACAUUUAGAGAGCCAGCACGUGAAUCUACACCUCCAGCACAGCGGUCGUCCGAUGAAGACACGCUCACAACACUACCACAAAUGCAAGUCGAGGAGCUGGUUCUAUCACCAGUCACUUCAACAUCGAACGGAUCAGAACAAGUACACUUUCUGUCUCUGGAUGAGCCGACAGCAACUUCUUUGAGAAGACUGACUACAAGAGAGCCUGAUCGUGCAGCGAUUACACUAGAAUCAGCACCUCACGAGGAAUCUCUGCUUGUUGUUGGAGAUCAAGAGCCCGGUUUUCUUCCCCCCGUACAACGGAUUCGUAGGAUGAUUACAGUUCCUGCUGAGCCGACCAACGUUUUUUCGAGAAGAGAAUCGGCGAAAGAGUUCAAGUGUAGUGAUACCGUCUCACCAGUACAGCAGGUUCGCCAGUCGACUACUCUGGUGCCGUCUCAGCAGCGGCGAGCAUGUACACAGUCACCACUUAACGAAGGGAAAGACGAUCCACUGCCUUCACCGCCAAUACAGCAGACACGCCACCAAACGACUGCUGCGCCACUCUUUGAACAGCGGAGCACAAGCGCGCAACCAACACUGAUGCCAGAGCAAGACCAAUCUGACUUCUUACCUCCGAUACAACACAUCCGUAGGAGUACUACCGUGUCGACAAAGCCUGGGACGUCUCGCGAAUCAUCACCGGUGGUGCAAGACCAAGAUGACUUGGAUUUCUUAUUGCCGAUGGAACGCAUACGAAGAGUUACCACUGUCUUGCCAGCUGCAAAGAGGCGCGCGAGUACGGUGGCGGAGCGCGCGAUAUCCCCCGAAUUGUUACUAUCUUUGGAAGAACGGGGAUCUGGUUUUUGUAGGACUCUCACAUCGCUUGAUACAAGACAGGGAACAGGCGCACUUCUGUCCGGUUUUUCAUCUCAAGAAUCGUUACAAAUCCUCGUUGAUGAUAAUGAUGAUGAGAAUGAGUUGGAGUUCUUAUAUCCAGUAGAGCGAAUUCGCAGAGCAACUACUGAAGUACCACACGAGCAGACACAAGGAACAGAAGAGCUUGAGCAUGACGCGACACUCUCUGACUCCGAAGAUUCUGAGCAGCUGUUGCCGGGCGGACGAGAGGAAUCUGGAUCUCAACCUCUAGCAGAAAGGAUACGUCGAACCACUUCUCUUUUGCCAGCCUAUCAAAAUGAGCUGCUUCCAUUUCAGCAAACCCAUAGAAACACUACCGUGUCGCUAGCGGAAGAAGGGGAACCGGCUUUCUCGCCUUCCGUAGAACGAAGGCGUCGAGCUACUACUGGUUUGGCAGCCGAGCAGCAGCAAGCAACCGUAGCCACUGAACAGGAUGUUGUCCUACCCGAGUCCGUAUCCAGCCAACAGUCUCUAUUUGGACAAGAAGAAGACUCUAAGUUCACGCCUCCUGUACAACGCAUUCGCAGAACGACUACUGUGGCGACGGCCGAACGGCAGCAAAGCACUCUGCAGCGCAGGCAUACCGACUUUCUGCCAGAGCCGGAGAUUACUUCAGAGUCAUCUCCCAGCGAUGAGGAUGAACCAGAGUCGCGACUCCAACCAGUUCGCCGAACAACCACUGCGCCACUGGGUGUACAGCAACCGAUGAUAGAGCCAGAGCUCGAUUCGUCAGCAGAGGUGGACUCUUGGCCUCCAGUAGGACAAAUUCGCAGGUCGACCACUGUACAACCAGCCAUUCAGCGACAAGUGACAGUUGACUCUGGAGCCGAUGCUCUGCUAGUAGAGCUAGGUUUCAAUGGUGCGUUUCCAGUCGUCGAUGAAGUGACUGAGCUUGAACCCGUACUCGAAAGCAUUCGUCGAUCGACCGUAUCACCAGUUCAGCAAAUGGCGGGGGCUUAUCCUGGCACUCCUACUUCCAAGUCUGGAUCUCAGGAAGUGACUCCGGUUAUCGAAGAAGAGUUCGAGUUCCAGCUUCCGGCUGAACGCGCUCGGCAAGCAACUGAUAUACAGUCGGUCGGACGGCGACAAGAGUCUCGCAUAGCGUCACCGGUCAUUGAAGAGUCUGGACUCGAAGUUUCGAUAGAGCGGAUACGUCGAACGACUACUGUACCACCAGCUUUUCAGCUACAAGACUCUUUCAGAUCUACUUCUGAGUCUUCCACCUCUUCUCCAGUAGAGGGUGAUAGAUCUGGAGAAGCUGAGUUCCAAUUUCCAGUCGAACGUGUUCGCCGGACAACCACUCUACAACCAGGUGAACAACUACAAGAGUCUAGAACAGGUUCACUAGUACCUAAGGACGGCUUUGAGUUCCAAAUGCCGGUGGAGCGAAUCCGCAGAACAACCACUGUGGAAUCGAGUGGAAAGCGGCAAGAUUCUUUCAAACCUGCUUCCGUGUCUUCCGGUACUUCUCCUGUAGCAGAAGAGGUGCUUGAACAAUCCGUCUCAUCUCGCGCAGCUUCACGCCAGCCUACCUUUCAAGCUCGCCGGACAAGUACGAUGCCGCUAGCUACCGGACCUCAGCAUUUAGCUACAUCUAUCUCAUCGCCGGUUCUAGAGGACUUGGCAGAGGGCCAUUCUGUCUCGCGUGUUGUUUCGCGCCAGCCAACGCAAGCGUCUCGUACCAGCACAUUGCUAUCAGCUGUACCGCGGAAUGACUCUGUUGAACUUGACAGGUUUCCCUCCUUAUCCCUGCCAGAAGAGGGCGAACCUUAUGAAACCUUCUCACGUCAGCCCACGCGUAGGACAACCGUCCGUGAAACUGAGGCGAAAGCUCUUCCCUCAUCUGAGACCCCAUUGGAGAUAGGAGACGUUCCAGAUCAGAUCGCUUUGUCGCGUUCUGCCUCACACCAACCUACGCCUAGAGAAAACGUCCUCGCUGCACCCGAGACUCAACAGGAUCCACCAGGAGAAGCUGAAGGGAUCCUAGCAGAGCCUCAAGUGGAUGCAAGACAUUUAGAUCACCCUCUCAGACGACAAAAAACUGAUAUAGCAGACGCGACGCUUAAAGAACGGCUUACUUCGGGUGGCAGAACAACGACUACCCGUGUUCUGUCACGUACAGAGUCCUUGGCAUACCAAAGCCCUGAGUACAACAAGGAAGUCCCACUUGAUAAUUCUACUGAAUUGGAGAGUAGAGAUGUCCUUGAAUCAACUCACGGGGUUGAUCGCAAGGAAGAGACCGAUCAGGUCGAGAAAGCACGCACUACAGAUUUGGCGUCUGACACGGAGUCUUUCGAACCUCCCAUCUACCAACGGAUUGCUGAAGAGCCGUCGGAUGAAGGCAAUGAUUCUCGAACUCAAAGCAAAGCUGGAUCACCCGAAGUUCACGGGAGCGAGGACUUGAUUGGGCAGUCUGAGAGAGCACCGACUACUCACUUCUACCCAACUCUGGCGCCUGUUGCGCAUACCGAUGCUGAAUAUCAGCUUGAUCCAGAUGUUCAAUUUGAAAGACGCAUGACGCAAGCCUCACAAGAGAUUCAACCCAGCAUACCACGGAUAUUGACGAUACCUAAUGGAUCUAACCGUAAGCGAAGUAGCGAUGCUGGAAACAUCGUAUCGUCUGCUACUGGCUUUGGGCCUGUGGUAAGCACUGAGGUUAAGAGUCAGCGCAACGAGAGCCCUCAGGUUGCGAGAAGAAAGACACAGGUACCGAAUGAGUCUGGCACAGCAGAUCGCAGACGCAGCAGUGCUGCUCCCGGGAUCACAGCGGCGCCUCCAGAGAUGAUUAGUGAGCAAAUGAAAGUCGGGAUGCAGUUUAGAAGCCCCAAGCAAAAGCCAAAGAAGGGUACAAACUACUCACCUGAGCAGCAAUAUCCGCCGGCACCAGCAUAUCCAUUACGCGAAACACCUUCAUGGACGAAGCCGGAUACUCGUACGCCACCACCGAAGCCGAAAGUGGAAAGCCCGCCCAAAAAGCGAGGAUGGCUUGGUCUUGGGCCUUGGCCCAAGGAAGAGCUUCUGGAAUCAGAGGGGGAACGCAAAAAAGGCAAAACAGUUAUCCAAGCCAGCCCAGAAAGUCUGUCUAUCGUCGAAAAUCAGAUGCCGUCCCUCUGCGAAGGGUCGACACUCGAUCAAGGCAAACCUCCGUCUACGCUCACAAGGACGACUACUACCCAAUCACUCCAAUCCUUCCAGACCGCGUUGACGACGAUACACGGCCACAGUACUCACCGUCUCGAAGGACCAGCUACUUCGUCUGUGGGACAGUUUCAACGAAUGAAACCUUCCGUCAGGACGAACCGAAGCGGCAGUCUACCCGUCGGCUUUCGUCGGGACUCUCUCAACGUGAAUCGCGGCCUCAGCAAGCUCUUCGUGCACGGACGAAUGUUCCUACCCGCUCCCAAGCACCUGAGUUCCAGACUUGGCCGGAUACUGAAGUCGAAGUCUCUCGCACGGCUCAAGGAUCGGACAAAGAAGAGGUCCAAAGCCCAGUCCGUAGAGACGUCCGCAGACCAACCAAAACUGGAACCUCAAUCGCAAAAGAAGAAACAUCGCCUAGAGAAGGUAUUCAUUCGCCGUGAACGCGACGGAAUCUGUCUCAGGUUCCCCAGAAAGAAGGUCCGUCAGAUGAAGGAGAGUCGAGUCGAUCGCCAAGCAGGAUGUUGGAAGUGCCUAAUGCUCAAGCGCCGCAAGAGCAAGCGCAAGAGCCAACAAGACAACCGACGGCUCAAAAAGAGGAGUACAAUAGCGCUAGAGAGCAAACGAAGAUGGUCUUGGACUCUGGGGUCUCGAAAGGCGAAGAAGACAACGCCACCCGCCGUAGCAUCGAUAGACUGCGUGAGCAGUCCGUCGAUGACAACGCCGGGUUUACCAGCACAGUUGACCUCACGCGUCCAGGAACAUCACCAAAACCGUCCACCAGAGAUGAAAGCAACCAAAGAAGGCCUUCAGCAUCAGAUGCAGGAAAAGAGGCGCCCAUUGCGCGAGAACACAUUCGUCAAUCAACCGCAGCACAAGCGCGAGAAAUUACGGCCUUCCAGUCUGCAGAGGAGGAUCCAGCGAUCAUCACACGAAGGCCUUCAUCAUCAGCCAAGAGAACGAAAACACGACGCAGGUCUUCAGCAAUUAGGGAAGAUAGAGCGUCAAUCCCUGCGCGAACACCCACAGUCACCAGAACAUCAACGCGAACGGCAACAAUCCCAUCGAGUGCCAGACAAGCAGAUAGUCGAAGACAAUGCACCGCCCCGAGAGCGGGUACACCGGUCUCGCGUGCGGCCUUAUUCAACAACGAAGCGGAAUAAAUCAAAGCAAGAGGAGUUGAAUCACCACAACAGCAAGAAGAACGAGAUCCAGCCUCGUCAGCCGCGGCACAAGCAGAUCGAAGGCCAUCUGCUGCGCCCGGAGCGCGUAUGGCAGUAUUCCGAGCAGCUCUACCAAGAUCAGAGACAACAAGAGAAGGAGGGGACGGACCUACUUCGCCAACGUCUCAAGGAUCCCUCGGUACAAUCUCGCCAGUUCCAGCACCCAACACAGGGGCCAGUCAAUCCUGGCCACAGCCAACGAAAAUUUCAUUGGCAACGAUUCAGCCAGCCGACCGAAGCCCAGAGCAGCAAACCCAGCCAGGUGCGCGAACAGAUCUCGAGUGAUCCAUAUACUAUGCCCGCAUCCGGACCACGUAAGGCAGCCGCUCUUGCCUCUUCAAACGCCAAUGCAAGUGCAAACGCACCACUAGUCACCCAACAGGUCGAUCCCAAAUCAUCACCGCUCACCCGUCGAGAUUCACUGAAGCCACGGCGCAGUCCCACGUCGAGGAUCUCCGAACUCUUUGGACGCGACAAGACUGGCUCUGGGACUGGAAAUCAGCAACAGCGACAACAGCAAGCACCAACACCUGCAGAAAAACCGCUGGGUGCAGUCACGUCUGGCUUCGGGCUUACUUCUAGUCCAGCAGGAAAGGGGGCUGGGCCGGAUACGCCAGCGAAAUCGUCGCAAGUGCCGCAACCACAGGCCAAAGUCCAGGCAAAGGCUGCACAGGGAGGUGGUAUAACCAAUCCACUUAGAGGACGCUGGGGGUGGGGAUGGGGAAAAUGA